CUCGUAAUAAGGUUACUCAUAAAAAGGUUAUCUUAACUCAAUAAUAUAUUUUUGCAAAAUGAACCUGUUACCAAACCUUCGACGAUUGGUACAAAAUUUGGUAACUCAGAGAACUCUAAAGACUUCUAGCAUAUCAUUAUCUGAAAAUCUUUUCGUGCACAGAGAUUCAGCUGAGGAUAACCCUGAUAUAAAAUUUGAAUUUAAUGAAGAAAACAAAAAGAGAGCAGAUGCCAUUCUUUCUAUUUACCCAGAAGGACACAAAAGAGCAGCUAUGAUUCCUCUUCUUGAUCUAGCUCAAAGGCAACAUGGUUGGCUUCCUAUAUCAGCCAUGCAUAAAGUUGCUGAAAUUCUCGAUCUUCCCAAGAUGAGAGUUUAUGAAGUCGCUACUUUUUAUACAAUGUUUAUGAGGAAGCCAACUGGAAAAUAUCAUGUACAAGUUUGUACGACCACUCCGUGUUGGCUACGUGGUUCAGAUGAAGUUUUGUCAUGCUGUAAAUCUGAAUUGGGAAUUGGCGUUGGAGAAACUUCUAAAGAUGGAAUGUUUACAUUAUCAGAAGUGGAAUGUCUUGGUGCAUGUGUAAAUGCCCCCAUGAUUCAAGUGAAUGAUGAUUACUAUGAAGAUCUUACUCCAGAAACGACACGUAAAAUAUUGAAUGAGCUCAAAGCUUCCAAAAAACCUCCUCCAGGACCACAAAAUGGACGAUUUGCUGCUGAACCAAAGGGUGAUUUUACUUCACUUAAAUCUGAACCUCCUGGUCCUGGUUUCAAAAUGCAAGAUCUAUAAAUAAUCACAAAUCAUGUGAAAUAUGUAUUAAUAUAUAAGCUACCAUUCUUUUAUUUAUUAGUGUAAAUAAAAAAAAUUAUUAAAGAUUUUAUUUCAAAUAAUACUGAAUAGUAGUACAAUACUAUGACUUACUUCCAAAGAAGCAAAAUAAGUUCAUUUUUCUACAAUUUCUUAUAUAAAAUAAUUUUGUAUUUAACAGGCU